AUGUACGCCGACAGGGUCUCCGGACGGAAGCGCUCCGUCAGGGACCGCCUCGGCUCGGGAGGCGGCGGUGGAGGCUCUCGCCCGCGGUCUGACUCAGCGAAAAGGUUUCGCCAAGUUGAUGGGACUUGGAGGCGUGAGCUCUACAAGGAUUCUGUAGGAGCCCAAAGUUCAUCUGUACCUGCUUCCAGAAAUCUUCAAGCAAUCCAAAAAUCACAUAUUAAGCAAAGCACUGUGGAUGUGAAGAAAUCAUCAGUUCCAGAUCUUCGUGAAAAGUUAUCUGGAGGCCAGCGCCCUCAACUCAGUAGUACAGUUCAGAUCCCAAAACCUGCAGCUGAUAUUGCUAAUAGUGCUAAACCUGUUCAAAAGAGACAGAUCCCUGCUGCUGCUGCUGUUGCUGCCCGUCCUGUCACUGAACAAGUAAAUGCACCAGCUGCACCAAAGCAAUCCCAUGAAAAGGCUGAUGCCUCACUUGACAGAUUGCUGAAGUCUCUUGAUCUGGAGAAGUAUUCCAUUAAUUUCCAGGCUGAAGAGGCAUGUUUGAUUUAUGUUGAUAUGAAAGCAUUGGUUCACAUGAAUGAGGAAGAUAUGAAGUCAUUAGGAAUUCCAAUGGGCCCUCGGAAGAAGAUACUAUCAGCACUGGCUUCGAAGAGAAAGAAGUCCUCAAGAUCAUUACCGCCUACUAGCUGA